AUGAGAAGGAAUGAAUCACAGCAACCCAAUUUAUCAACUAUUUAUGUCGGUCUGAUUCCUUUUGACUGGAGCGAGGAUAAUUUCAAGGCUGUUGUUUGUGGGUUGGGAAAUGUUUACGACGUUAGACUAGGCUUUGACCAUAUUGGCAAGAACAAAGGGUUUGCAUUUGUAGAGUUUGAAACACCACAACAAGCUGUGAAUGCAGCACAGCUUUUGACUAAGGUUCAAAUUGUAAUGCCUAGCCUGGGGCAAGUCAGAAGAUUAAGGACCGAGGUCAAGGAAACAUUCAGAAGUAAUGACCAGAGAGCUAUAAUCCCUUUGAAGCCAGAACAUUUGCCUGCUGGUGUACAAUUCCCCCCGGAAGUCGUGGUAAAAAAGCCACAACUUCUGUGGGCAUCACAGGCAAAAUAUGCUUCUUUUUCAGGCCCAGACAUUCCCUCAAAUACGCCAAAUUCCCGGGGUGCGUCUCAUACACCGCCCCUUCCUGGCAAUAUGGGAAACAUGGGCUCCAUUGCCCCUCCGAAUUCUAGUAAUACUCUUCCAGGGGAAUUGCUUAAAGCGACGCAUUAUCUAGCGCUCCCAAAAAAGCUUCCUUUCUCAACUCCAGACAAAAUAAACGAGACUUUGGGUCAGAUCUCUCCGCCACAACUCAUUGAGUUGAUCGCCAACUUGAAGAAUAUAAUGAAUAGCUCCGACUCUGCAAGGGCCGCGGAAGUCUUCCGUUUGUCCCCAAAUUUGGCAGCUUCUGCCACACAGGCUCUUCUCCUCAUGGGAUUCAUCGAUGAAGAGGUAAUUCAAGAGGCCAUGAAGGCUGAAAUAGGCAACGCCACUCCGGCUGCUCCCAUAACCCCGCAACAACAGAAUAUUCAUCCAGGUCCCUCUCAUCAAAAUCUGCCUCUGUUACCCCCCGCUCCAACGGGUCCUUCCACCCCAUCAAGGUGGCCCAAUCUUUCACUCCUGGCUCAGAUGAAAUUGUCCGCUUUACCAAGUGACCAGGCAGAACUUAUUGCCCAAGUUUUGGCGUUAUCACCAGAGCAAAUCAGUGCAUUACCUUCCGAUCGCCAAAGCAUGGUGGCCGGUAUUAGACAGCAAUAUGCAUAA